CUCCCACUUAUAUUUCAAUGCUAUUUAUUCUGUAACUUGCUCUGCAUGUUCAUGAGGGUGCCCGGGAUGCCGCGCUCGGCUGCGGGCCUCAUUCCCACCGCUGCGCUGUGUUCUGCGGUGCACACACCAGUUACUAACACGUUCUCCCAAUGGAGACUUGCAUUGCUCCCAGUUUCUGCCACUAUGAAGAGUCCCCAACACAUCUCUUGCUGCUUAUCUGCAAGCGUUUAUUCAGGAUGCACGCCUGGGAGAGGAGAGGAUGAGUGUCUGUCCGUCCGGUGCCCACAGGCCCGUCAAGCACCCGGAGGAGGCUCUCUGCGCCAUGGCCCCCGUCCCGGCCUUGCCUGGCAUGGUGCUGACCUUCUGCAGGAACGGCUCCGUGCUCCUGCUGGACGUGGCCCGGCCUCACGUCGUCUGUGCCUUCGCGCCCCCAGGGCCUUACCACCUGGCGGUGCCCUGGAAGCCAGUGUUUGCCGUGUCUUCGAAACACCCGUUCUUCCUGCUCCGAGGUAGGGAACGGGGACCAUGAGGGCGCGCUGCCCAGACCUGGGGCCUGCUGACCGCUUCCCUGACUUCCUCAGUGGCCCCUCCCGAAGUCCUAGGGCGA